AUUAUCUUAUUAAAAAAGAACAAGCAUUAUUCUUUAAUUAAAAAACAAAGAGUCUGAAAAUCUCUAUGGAGAUUGGAGGAGAGAGAUAAUAUUUUAAUAAUACAGAAAAAGCAUCAAACUCAAUCACUUAGCCAGCCAGCUCCUAUUUGCGUGUUUGCGCGUUAUUAUAUUCAGUGAUUAGUGGUCUCAACGAACCUCAAAAAGUCACAAAAGUUACCCGGCGAAGUUAAUUACCAAAAAUACAGCACAAGAGACUCAGCAGGCAUGGCCAACGGCGACGAAGACGGCGUUGUUCACGACCUGUUUUCGCUGCUUUCCUCCGAGGACAGGAACUUCCUCGUCCGCAACAACGCCGACCAGGUUGAGAUCAGUAGUUUGAGCGGAAAGAUUGUGGGGUUGUAUUUUUCUGGCUCAUGGUGCGGUCCAUGUCGCCGUUUCACCCCAAGCUUGGUGGAGGUUUACCAGGACUUGGCAUCCAAAGGCGAUUUUGAAGUUGUGUUUAUCUCUUCUGAUAGAGAUGAUAAGUCAUUCAGUGGCUACUUCUCUGAAAUGCCCUGGCUUGCCAUUCCAUUUUCGGAUUUGGAGGCCCGAAAACGCUUAAAGGAGUUGUUCAAGGUUAGGGGGAUUCCUAAUCUUGUCAUUAUUGAUGCCAAUGGGAAGGUUUCUACUGAUCAAGGGACUAAAGUUGUGAUGGAACAUGGUGUUGAUGGUUAUCCAUUCACCGCGGAAAAGAUCAAUUUCUUGAAAGAGCAAGAAGCAGCUGCUAAGGAGAAUCAGUCCUUGAGUUCUCUCUUGGUUUCUAGGUCUCGGGAUUAUUUGAUUUCGAAAGAUGGGAGUAAGGUUCCUGUAUCUGAGCUUGAAGGAAAGAUGGUUGGCCUGUACUUCUCACUUAAUACUCACAAGCCAUGCAAAGAUUUUACUCAGACACUUCUGAAGUUCCAUGAGAAACUCAAGGAGAAAGGAGAGAACUUUGAGAUUGUGUUGAUAUCUCUAGACUAUGAAGAGGAACACUUCAAAGAAGGGUUUCAAGCGCCAUGGUUGGCAUUGCCAUUUAAGGCCAAGAGCUGUGAAAAACUCGCUCGCUACUUUGAGCUUGAAAAUGUACCUACACUGGUUAUAAUCGGGCAAGAUGGGAAGACCUUACGCCCAAAUGCGGUUGAACUCAUUGAAGAGUAUGGCAUUGAAGCCUACCCGUUUACAGCAGAGAAGAUUGCUGAGCUUGCUGAGAUUUCAAAGGCAAAACUCGAAGAACAGACUCUGGAGUCACUGUUGGUUGCUGGGGACAGAAACUUUGUGAUUGAAAAGACCGGUUCCAAGGUACCAGUGUCUGAGCUUGCUGGGAAGCAUAUUAUGCUCUAUUUCUCAGCUCAUUGGUGUCCCCCAUGUCGCGCAUUCAUGCCUAAGCUUAUAAAAGCAUACAAUCAGAUUAAGGCAAAGGAUAGUGCAUUUGAAAUUAUCUUCAUUUCAAGUGAUCGUGAUCAUUCCUCCUUCAAGGAGUUCUUUUUGACCAUGCCUUGGUUAGCCCUUCCGCUAGGUGAUCCAAGGAAGGCAUUAGUGCAGCGCAAAUUCAAAAUCCAAGGCAUUCCUGCAUUGGUAGCCAUUAGCCCCAAUGGCCAGACACUCAGCACGCAAGCACGGCAGCUCAUACAAGCAUAUGGAGCUGAUGCAUAUCCAUUCACAGAAGAGCAUUUGAAGCAUUUGGAAGAAAAGUUAGAGGAAGAAGCAAGGGGGUGGCCUGAGAAAGUGAAGAGUGAACUCCAUGCUGAACAUGAGCUCACCCGGGUCCUUCACCACGAAUAUGUUUGCUGGUGUAGGGAGCCGGGAAGUGGUUGGUCGUUUUACUGCAAAGAAUGUGACUUUCAUCUCCACCCAAGAUGCGCUUUGAGCAACAAGGAAGGAACAAAAGCUGAUGCUCCAAAUGCAAUGGAGGGAUACAUUUGUGAUGGUGAUGUGUGCCGGAAAGUUUGAGAAUUUAUCCGAGUUACAGUAUCUUUCUGGUUUUUGUAACUGUGCUGUCUGUUUACUCUUUAUACAAAGGUGUUUGUGUGCUAUGCUAAUUACAUAAGUCAAGAGGCUUAAGCUUAUGGGAUGAUGUAAAAUUGUGAUCCGAAAGAGUGGAGAUGUUGUGUUAUGAACUUAUGAAUGUUGAGGGUGGAUAUCUUUCUGCUAUCUCAUAUUCUCAUGAUGAUUAAUGA